AUGCUCAAUUUCGAGUAUAACUUGAUUGUACUCAAAAUUCUUCUUUUAUCAAUCGAAGAUUUAGCUAAAACAAGUAUUACUGGUAUCAUAGUACUUGAUACACUUCGUCAAAGUCGAAUACGACAUAUGAUACUUGUUGAUCGAUGUAGAUUAAUCCAGAUAUUGUCAUUUACUAUAAAAGAAUUUCGUGAACUUACUAAAUUAACUGGUUUACAAUCAAUGUUAAACAAAGAAGAUUUUAAUUGA